AUGGCAGCUGUAUCCCCUGCAUCCAGCGCACCUGCCUCGGCAAAAAGCUCUAGCAAUUCACAACAACAAGAAAAUCACACGCUGCCACCUAACAACGGUGCCACUUCACGAUCAGACACACCUUCAAGCAAGACAAACACAAACACGAACAGGUUAAGCAGAAAUAGCCAUGACAUGUUAUUGCCCGGUCAGUCGGUCUACUUCGACAAGGCUGUAUUUAGCUCGGCGAGUUUCAAUGCCGAUGUAUUGUUGACGGCUGUAAGGGUCUCCGGGACCCUUCCAGGGCUCAAAAAUGAGCUGCAGGGGUUUCUAACAACACUCAAACGAGACCUCAUCGAGCUAAUCAAUAAGGACUAUGCUGAUUUUGUAAACUUAAGUGCCAAUUUAGUGGGCAUGGAUAAAGGUAUCGAUUCGAUAAGGAAUACGUUAACGGGAGUAAGAGAAGACAUAUCUCACGUCCGAACGGAAGUUGAGAAAGCGAUGAGUGCCUUAAGUGGCAAGCUGACAGAACGUGCAGCGAUUCGCGAGAAGAAAGCCCUACUACAAACCUUUUUAAAUAUAAUCGAUUCAGUGCACAAAAUCGAGGGAUUAUUGCAUCUAAACACAACGGCGGGACCUAAACAGACGGAAACUAAGAGUGAUGGUAAUGAAUCAGUUGAACGACAUGGGAGUCUAUCUAUAGCUGAUGUCUCACAGAUACAAGAUGACUCGACGCAAACUACCGAGCGAGUGGCAGGAGAGUUCAACCAGCUGCAGUUCUAUGUGUCUCAGUGCAGGGAAGUGCCCAUCGUCCAAGCCCUCUCGCCCAGGAUAGACACCAUCACCCGCACCCUACUAGCUGGGCUCGAAGCCUCAUUCCGAACGGCACUUGAGGACGAUAACCUGGAUCUGAUGGUUAGUGUGCUGCGGCCAUAUGCGAUUGUCGAGAAAGCCGGUCAAGCUGAAGACUUAUUCAGAGCCAUCAGUGCAAAAAACUUUGUCAAACGUACCGUGACAUCGGCCAAUUUGUCCAAGCAUGGACUGGAGUGGCUGUAUAACGAAGUUGUCAUGUAUACGGACAUGGACUGCAAAACACUGCUGACGGCGGCUGAACAGGUAGGACCGAACAUCUUCCAAUUCUUGGUAAACAGUCUCUGGCCCACACUGGUCGAGGCCAUGACCGAGGUGACACCCGAGGUAUUCGCCGCGGGUAUACCCGAUCAGUUCUACCUGAACUACACCUGCACAAAGAAGUUCAUCAAUCGCUUCAGCGAGAAGAUUGGCAGCCCUCAAAGCGUUGCGUUGCUGAAGAAUUCUACCUCCUAUAUCGACUUUAUGAAGAGUUGGUCCUUGCCGAUAUACUACCAGUUGCGGUUCCAAGAGAUUGCCGGCAUGCUCGAGGAGUCCCUACAACGGUCGCAUGAUGCGCUGUUCAGCGAGCUCGUUGCCAACGCAAACGAUCACCGUUCCAAGGCCUCUGGUACACAUCCUAGUGCAGUACUAGACACAACCAAGGCACUGUGUGAGGCUGUCAAUCUCACCUGGAGCGAUGGCGUAUUCUUGCCAGCGCUGUCUCAUCGGUUCUGGAAGCUGCAGUUCCAGCUGAUGUCCCGCUUCACCGUGUGGUUAUCGGACACAAUUUCUGACAUCACAGCGCCUCCCUCUGAUGCAUCGGCACAACAUCUCGAGCCCAAUGCCGACCCUUUAGGUGCCGCAGAGCCUCAGUCUCCCUUAACAAAGGCACAAGUGUCUAUAUUGCUGCUCAACGAUGUGGAAUGCAUUGCUGAGCUAGCUAAGCUAGAGUGGCAGAACACCAUCUUCAACCGAUUAUCUGAGAGUGUCGGCCAGCUACCGCCUGAUUUUGUUCCGGAUGGUCUAUCCAAAUCUGUCGAGCGCUUAAAGAACAAAAGUCCGCUAUUGAUCGAGGGAGUGAAAACAAUACUAACAGAGAUGAUGGUGGCCAAGCUCAAUCCCGUCUGGCGGAUAACGGCUACAUACCGAAUGACUAAUAAACCGAUGCCCACGGUCGCCUCGCCGUAUGCGCCGGGGAUCUUUGCACCGCUGAAUGAUCUCAAUCUGAAUGACGAGGCCAUCUCGCCGGAACUCAGCCAGUCCAUCACUGCCGAGGUGUUGAACACAGUCGCUGCCAGCUACUCCGAAAUUGUCACGGAAGUAUUGAACACCGUCAACAAGACUGAAGCGAGUUUACUGCGACUGAAGAAACGAGGCCGCAAACAUACCGGGGCACAAGUGGAUGUUGUCACCGAUGAGAGCAAGAUCAGGCGACAGCUAUACAUAGACGCUUUGGACUACAAAGACAAGAUUUGGCCACGGAAUGCGCUAGUUAUGAAGGUUUUGCUAUGGACAGCGUAUCGACACAGUCACCCUGGUGAAGCUGCAGCGUAUCGACACAGUCACCCUGGUGGAGCUACAGCGUAUCGACACAGUCACCCUGGUGGAGCUGGUGGUAUUGGCAUACGACCAUAA